AUGUUCACGCUGUUCUGCUCGCUGCAGGUACUGAUCUCCAUGGACCAUGGCAUCGUGCCUGCUUCCACCCUCGCCAUCGCUGACUCUUUUGAGAUUGAUGAGUCGAGGUUGGGGUUGAUGGGGUCAGCGGUGUUCCUGGGGAUUGUGGCGAACGGGGUGGUGGCGGGCCGGAUCUACCAGAUCCUCGACACCAAGAAAGUGAUGGUGGCAGGGCUGGUCUGCUCGCAGCUAAGCCUGAUGCUGCUAGUCCUGGCCCGAUGGUACUACGUUGCACUGCUCGCGCGGUUCCUAACGGGCGCAUUUCAGGUGUUCCACGUGAUUUUCCUGCCAGUGUGGAUCGACCGGAACGGUGGGGAAAACAGGACCAGCUGGAUCACAAUUUUCCAGGCGAGCACUCCGGUCGGCAUCUUCUUGGGGUACGCCCUGACGGCAGUGCUGGUGACGUUCUACCCCUGGCGGUACGCCUUCAUCGUGCAGAUCAUCCUGAUCCUUGGGUCCGUGCUGGUCAUCCUCCGCAUCCCGGACGACCAGGUCGACAUCCGUGGCGCACAGUCUGACAUCCAGGACUACUUCACCAGCCUCAAGCAGGUGCUCGGCUCCAGGCUCUACCGCAACUGCGUGCUGGUCUUCUCAAACCUGCUGUUCGUCGUGACCGGCAUACAAUUCUGGAUGACCGACUACUUCAUCCGCGUGCUGAAGGUGGACAGGACCAUCGUCAAUGUAGGGUUCGUGUUUAUCAGCAUCACUGCCCCUGUCCUGGGCACGGUGUUCGGGGGGUGGGCUGUCGACCGCAUGGGGGGGUAUUCUGAUCCCAGGACGGUCAAGCUGCUGCUGGGCUUGGUUUUGCUAUGCGCGAUACCGUCGCAGCUCAUCCCGUAUCUGAACAGUUUUGCCUUGGUGGUACUGCUGCUGUGGAGUCUGCUGUUCUGGGGAGGCGCGAUGAUCCCAGGUCUGACUGGCCUGAUCAUGGUGUCAGUGCCGGCUGAGCUGCGGUCCUUCGGCAACUCGAAGGCAGAGCUGCUGAAGAACCUGAUCGGAUACUUCCCCUCGCCGUUCAUCUACGGGAUGACUAUCCAAUUUUUUAGCGACGAACGGUCCGGGCUGAAGAUGCUAAUGAUGGCGACCUUCUUAAGCCCAUUACUGCUGGGCAGCCUGCUGCUAGGAGAGAUGAAGAUCUACGCGGAUGUGGAAAAGCUCAAAGAAGGGACUGAAAAAGGGCUCGAUGAAAUAGACUGA